UUUACGGAUAGUUAAUACAAAACAGUUUCUCAACGCGUACGCUUCAAGUUAGAGUGGCAGCAAGGAACUAGAAAAAUAUAUAUUUUAUAAAUAAUAAGACAAAAAUAACAUCAACUAAGCGAAAUGCUAUCACUCCAGCUCCUCCAUUUGAAUAACACCAAUCUCCCGUACGCCCACUUGGCGGACAAGCGCACCCAAAAGUGGCUGUUGGUGGACUCCUACGCUGACGUCUUUGCGUUGGUGGCCUUGUACCUGUUGUUGGUGCGCUAUCUGCCGCAAUGGAUGCAAAGACGCAAACCCCUUCAACUCCGACCGCUGCUCUUGCUCUACAAUUUUCUGUUGGCUCUGCUGAAUGUGCACAUUUUCAAGGAGCUGCUCAUCAAUGGCGUGCGCUUGAAAUAUAACUUCUGGUGUCAGCCGUGUCGCGAGCUAUACUCCAAGGAGGAGUUGAGGAUUGCUGCUGCUGUUUGGUGGUUCUAUGUAUCCAAGCUGCUGGAGUUCUGCGACACUAUUUUCUUUAUUCUACGCAAGAAGCAUACGCAAUUGACAUUUCUUCAUGUUUAUCAUCACUGCACCAUGUUUCCACUCUGGUGGAUCGCUAUCAAGUGGGUGCCCACCGGUUCGACAAUCGUGCCGUCGAUGAUAAAUUCCUUUAUACAUGUGAUAAUGUAUAGUUAUUAUGGCUUAAGUGCGCUCGGUGCCAGCGUGCAAAAAUUCUUAUGGUGGAAAAAAUAUCUGACAACAUUGCAAUUGGUGCAAUUUGUUUUCGGUGCCGCUUGGUCCACACAAGCCAUAGCCAGAGGUUGCGACUUUCCCGCAUGGAUUAAUUACACAACCAUCCUGUAUAUGGCCACCUUACUUUUCCUAUUCGGACAAUUUUAUGUGAAAACAUAUCAAACAAAAAGAAAUAAACAUAAUUAAAUAUCCAA